CCUUCCCCCUCUCCGUGUGUGUGUAUGUGUGAGAGAGCGCGAGUUGUGUGUGUGUUUCCUGUGGCUGCUCGGUUGCCCGUGCUUCGACACACUCAGUGUUUAUCGGCUCGCCAUGGCGGACGGACGCAGAGAGCUGCCGCCUCACCUCUCCCUACCCCCGGCUAGCAAGCGACCCUGCUUCCGCCCAGCACCCCGUGGUCCCGGGCCGGGGCCCGGCCAUGGUAGCGGAUUUGCGAACUCUCGGUACCGCUCACCGGAAUCCCUUUUGGAUUGCGCCGCGAAGGCAGUGGCGGAGAAAUGGGCCUUUGAGAGAGUGGAGGAGCGCUUCGAACGGAUCCCGGAGCCCGUUCAACGUCGUAUCGUGUACUGGUCUUUUCCUCGCAACGAAAAGGAAAUAUGUAUGUACUCUUCGUUUCAAUGUCGAGUCGCCGGCGAGGAGGGGCCGUCGGCGGCUACAGGAGCUGGGGCCGCUGGGUCUGGAUCUUCUACAAGCGCUGGUGGUGGUGGUGGCGGCGGCGGAGCCUCUGCCGCUGGCACCACGUCUAGCGCCGUAGCCGGAGUGGUGGGGACGGGGGACGGACUCCCCUUCCGUCGGGGUAUCAGGCUACUGGAGACAGGCUGUGUGGAGAACGUUUUGCAAGUCGGGUUCCAUCUGAGCGGGACCGUGACGGAACCGGCCGCGACCUCGGAACCCGAGGUCACCCACAAGGUGGCCAUCAGCUUCGACCGCUGCAAGAUCACCUCGGUGACGUGUGGCUGUGGAAACCGCGACAUCUUCUACUGCGCCCAUGUGGUGGCGCUGUCGCUGUACCGCAUACGCAAGCCCGAACAGGUGAAGCUGCGCCUGCCCAUCUCGGAGACGCUGUUCCAGAUGAACCGGGACCAGCUGCAGAAGCUGGUGCAGUACCUGAUCACGGCCCACCACACAGAGGUGCUGCCCACCGCACAGAAGCUCGCCGACGAGAUCCUCUCGUCCAACUCGGAGAUCAACCAGGUCCACGGUGCGCCGGACCCUACGGCGGGCGCCAGCAUCGAUGACGACAACUGCUGGCACCUGGACGAGGACCAGGUGAGGGAGCAGGUGAAGCAGUUCCUCUCCCAGGGAGGGUACUACGGCUCGGGCAAGCAGCUCAACUCCAUGUUUGCCAAGGUGCGCGAGAUGCUGCGAAUGCGAGACUCGAACGGCGCCAGGAUGCUAACGCUGAUCACAGAGCAGUUCAUGGCUGACCCUCGCCUGUCGCUAUGGAGACAGCAGGGCACGGGCAUGACGGACAAGUGUCGACAGCUGUGGGACGAGCUGGGUGCAUUGUGGGUGUGCGUGGUGCUGAACCCCCACUGUAAGAGCGACGAGAAGAGCAGCUGGCUGCGGCAGCUGAAGAAGUGGGGCGACAUGGACGUGUGCCCUCUGGAGGACGGCAACUACGGCAGCGAGCUCCCCAACAUCACCAACGCCCUGCCGCAGAGCAACCUGGCACAGGACUCCCUAGCGCGGCCCCGGCGCACGGUGUUCAGCCGGGCGAUGGAGGCGUGCGAGCUGCACUGGCAGGACAGCCACCUCCAGAGGAUCAUCAGCAGCGACCUGUACAUGUCCCCCGCCUACCAGAGGGACCAGGGGGACAGCCUGCUCUUCAACCCCCAGGGCCUGCCCCUCUGGCUGGAUCACGUGCCCACGGCGUGCGCCCGUGUGGACGCGCUGCGUUCCCAUGGAUACUCCAGGGAGGCGUUGCGGUUGGCUGUGGCCAUCAUCAACACGCUGCGGCUCCAGCAGCAGCGGCAGAUGGACAUCUACAAGCACCAGAAGAAGGAGCUGCUCCACAGGGGUCUGACCUCCACCAGCACCCUGGAGGGCUGGGUGGGCCACCCGCUGGACCCCAUCGGGUGCCUGUUCGCCACGCUGACGGAGACCUGCCGCAUGGACGACGACAGCGGCAUGGACACCGGAGAGGGGGAGCCACGGCCCCCGGUCUACCAGCAUGUGUCGGUGUGGGGGUGCGGGGAGGGUGGGGAGUCCUACCUGGCGCUGGCCCUGGAGGUGGCCCUCAUGGGGAUGGGACAGCAGAGGAUGAUGCCCGAGGGCCUGUACGCCCAGGACAAGGUUUGUCGGAACGAGGAGCAGAUCGUGGCCAAGCUCCAGGAGCUGGAGCUGGACGAUCUACUGGUCCAGACGCUACGGAAACAGGCCCUCCAGCUGCUGGAAGCGGGUCCGUUCAGCGGCCUGGGGGAGGUGAUCCACCGGGAGAGCGUGCCGAUGCACACCUACGCCAAGUACCUGUUCACCGCCCUCCUGCCGCACGACGCCGACCUCUCCUACAAGCUGGCCCUGCGCGCCAUGAGGCUGCCGGUGCUGGAGUCGUCGGGCGGCUCAGGGGAUGUGGGCCACCCCCACCACGGGAUCUCCAUGGUGCCCAGCCGGUACCCCCGCUGGUUCACCCUGGGACACCUGGAGUCCCAGCAGUGUGAGCUGGCCUCCACCAUGCUCACCGCCGCUAAAGGUGACAUGCUGCGGCUGCGCACGGUGCUGGAGGCGGUCCAGAAGAACAUCCACUCGUCCUCCCUCAUCUUCAAGCUGGCCCAGGACGCCUUCAAGAUCGCCACGCCCGGCGACCACCCCCCCGACAUCACCUUGCUCAACGUGGCGCUGGAGCUGGGACUGCAGGUCAUGAGGAUGACCCUGUCCACCCUGAACUGGAGGAGAAGGGAGAUGGUUCGCUGGUUAGUCACCUGUGCCACCGAAGUCGGCCUGCGGGCGCUGAUCAGCAUCCUUCAGAGCUGGUACACACUCUUCACACCCACAGAGGCCACCAGCAUCGUGGCGGCCACCGUCAUGUCCCACAACACCAUCCUGCGGCUCAGCCUGGACUACCCCCAGCGGGAGGAGCUGGCCAGCUGCGCGCGCACGCUGGCGCUGCAGUGCGCCAUGAAGGACCCGCAGAACUGCGCCCUCUCGGCCCUCACGCUCUGCGAGAAGGACCACAUCGCCUUCGAGACGGCGUACCAGAUCGUGAUCGACGCGGCCUCCACGGGCAUGACGUACUCCCAGCUGUUCACCAUCGCCCGCUACAUGGAGCACCGCGGCUACCCGCUGCGCUCGUUCAAGCUGGCGUCGCUGGCCAUGACGCACCUCAACCUGGCGUACAACCAGGACACGCACCCGGCCAUCAACGACGUGCUGUGGGCGUGCGCGCUCAGCCACUCGCUGGGCAAGAACGAGCUGGCGGCCAUCAUCCCCCUGGUGGUGAAGAGCGUGCACUGCGCCACGGUGCUGUCGGACAUCCUGCGGCGGUGCACCAUGACGGCGCCGGGCCUGGCGGGCAUCCCCGGCCGCCGCAACUCGGGCAAGCUGAUGUCGACGGACAAGGCGCCGCUGCGGCAGCUGCUGGACGCCACCAUCUCGGCGUACAUCAACACCACGCACUCGCGGCUCACGCACAUCAGCCCGCGGCACUACGGCGAGUUCAUCGAGUUCCUGAGCAAGGCGCGCGAGACGUUCCUGCUGGCGCAGGACGGGCACAUCCAGUUCGCCCAGUUCAUAGACAACCUCAAGCAGAUCUACAAGGGCAAGAAAAAACUCAUGAUGCUGGUGCGCGAGCGCUUCGGUUGAGCU